AAACGAGAAACUUCAUCAACAUUUAGCAUCUCUCUCUCUCUCUCUCUGAAUGUUUUUUUGGGUGGAUACUCGCUCUGAAUGAUGGUAAUGCCAAAAAGAGAAUGAAGAAAACAAAGUGCUCUCUCUACACACCUUGUCCAUCUCGUGAAAUGCAUUAAUGAUCAUAAGCAUACUCAAGAAGAGAGGCAGUUGAUUCUUGUGUUAUGAAAAAUUGCAUUUAAGCUCAGCAAAUUCACAUAUAAAGCAUCUAGUGCCCCAUACUCUUCUUCAACAUCUUCUGUCUAGGACCCAUUAAAAAUUCCUCAAAAUCCUUUCUUGUCCAACCCCAACUUAGGCCAUCAUUUCGAUAUUUAGUCUGAAGUCUCAAAAAAAAUUGAGCCGCUAUCAUUUCUCUCUCGUUUAGUCUCCCAUAAGUAUAUCAAGAGAGAGGGAGAUGAGCAUUUCAAGCCAAGAAAGGGAAAAUGGUAAUGGGUCCCAAAAUGCCAUAUCCUCUGAUUUGGCUACAUUUCGUAGCGCAGAAGGACAGAGACCGCCCUACAUGGAAGCCACGAGGUACCGGGAAUGCCUCAAAAACCACGCAGCCGCCAUAGGCGGGAAUGCCACAGACGGGUGUGGAGAGUUCAUGCCUGGUGGCGAAGAAGAUACACUUGAGGCCCUAAAAUGCUCAGCCUGUAACUGCCACAGAAACUUCCACAGAAAAGAGAUACAAGGCCAUGAUCAUUGUUUUCGCUAUCGACUCAACACUGUUGGGGUAGGCCCAGAGCUUGUAGGGUACCCUACAACGGGGCCUCAUCAGAUGAUAAUGCCCUGCAAAAUAAGGUAUCCUACGAGCUCAUCCGGUGAUGAUCAGGGAGUGAAGAAGAGGUUUAGAACAAAGUUUAGUAAAGAACAGAAGGAGAAGAUGUUGGGAUUUGCAGAGAAGGCUGGUUGGAAGAUACAGAAGUUGGAGGAGAGUGUAGUGCAGCAAUUCUGCCAAGAGAUUGGGAUCAAGAGGAGAGUACUUAAAGUGUGGAUGCACAACAAUAAACACAGUUUGGCCAAGAAAAACGCCUUGGCCUCCACUACUACUUGAAAGUUGAAUCACUAUUUCCCUUCCUAUUCAUUCUAGUGCAGCCUUAAAUUUAGCAGAUUAGGGGUAUCUGGUGACUGUCUCCGGACUGCUCAUCUUGUAGGUUUACUGAGCAUAUCAUUCAUGCAAAAAAAAUCAAGUUGAUUGAAUGUCGGUAAUUACAUGAUUGGAUCACAUUUGUCUUGAAAAAUUAAUAAUAUCUGAUUUUUUUUGUAUGAAUAAUCUAUUUGCAGGCCCUACCAGUGCAUGCUUCAAAUUAAAAAGGUGAGCUCGGAUUGGAUUGAUUUAUUGAUCUGCAUUGGGCGCAGCAGCAAAUCCCUAUCUACGUUCUUUCUCUCCAAGUGUACUGUAGUAUCUAUUUUCACACCUUUUAGAAGCAUUCUAUUCUCAAAGUCAUACAUGUACGUCUAGUGUAAUCAAUACUUGAGAAAUAUUUGGGAUGUUCUGUAUUUCUUUCUAGAGACACAAAUGUUCUUCAAUCCAAGUCAUGGUUGAUGCCCA